AUGUCGUCGACCUCUCCCUCGAAAGAGCCAGAUGUUGAACCCGAGGUGCAAUCGGGUGAAGACCAGGAGCAAAUGGACAAAGAUCAGCAAGACCAGAUACAUGGACAGGGCGAGUUUGAGGUGAAGGAACAAGAUCGGUGGCUUCCGAUUGCGAAUGUUGCCCGUAUCAUGAAGCUGGCUCUGCCUGACAAUGCGAAAAUAGCAAAGGAAGCCAAGGAGUGCAUGCAAGAAUGCGUGAGCGAAUUCAUCUCGUUCAUCACCAGUGAGGCUUCGGAGAAGUGCCAGCAAGAGAAGCGCAAGACCGUUAACGGCGAGGAUAUUCUGUUUGCGAUGACCUCGCUCGGUUUCGAGAACUAUGCCGAGGCUCUCAAGAUCUAUCUUUCCAAGUAUCGCGAGACCCAAUCUGCACGAGGCGAGAACCAGAACCGACCCCCGAGCAGCGGCUACGGUGCUGGAGGUCCCGUCGGAGGCGGUCAGGGUCGUUUCCCUGAGGGUGCCGAGGGUGCCAACGCCAUCAUGAACCCAAACAUGGACCCCUCUGAGCAAGACACCUCUGCGUAUGGCUAUCCCGCCAUGGUUGGCCAGCCUCACAAUGGCGCCGGAGGAGAUUCUUACUAA